AUGGCAGAGGCAUUGGAAUCAAGCGUUGUUAGUUUAGAAAGCACGAUUUCGCUGCUUCAGGAUUCGAUUGAAACUUUGAAAACCGAUUCCAAGGAUAAUAAUUAUUUGACAGAUACAAUGUUACGAUGCAAUCAAGUAUUCGAGUUAAUACCUGAAUUUGACAUUGAGAGAGCAAGAAACGAUUUGAAUGAAGAAGUAGAGCCAUUGAUUAGGACUUUACAGGAGAAGUUGAAGAAAUCUUUAAGCAAGAUGACCAGAGAGUUGGACACGUUAAAGCAAACGUUCGAACUAAACCAGCUGCGUCUUAACAAUACAGCCACAAAUAACGAGACAGAUCUUUCCAGUGAUGAUAUCAAUGUUAGCACGGAUGAUGUAGUCAUGGCGUCUUCGACAAAUGAAGAGUUGGAGGAAUUGAAAAGAUUAAGAUUGAAGAGGGAAGAACUGCAAGAAAGACUAAAUCAAUUGAAUCAGUAG